AUGAUUGCAAACAGUUUUUCAACUCGUAAUUUGCUAUUCAAUUUGUCCCAUCUUCAUCGUUUCACUUCUGCAAAUUUUGGUUUCGAGUUUACGGAUAGCCAACAGCAAUUAAAUGAAGCUGCACGUAAAUUUGUAGCUGACGAAGUAAUACCAGUAGGAAGUAAAUACGGCAAAAAUGGUGGCUUGGAAUUGGAUAUGAUCACAGAUGUUCUAAUUUAUGAAAGAUUCGGAUAUGGUUGUGCGGGCAUAAGUACAGCAAUGUUGACAAAUCUCAUUGCUGAAACAGCGCUAAUUUUAGCAGCUAAUAGUGAAAUUAAAAAAAAGUAUCUAAGACGAAUGAUCGAUGAGCCUUUGAUGGCUUCGUUUGCAGUCACAAAAUCAUGCGCCGGUUCAGAUGUUGCGGAUAUACAAACUUAUUCUGAGAAGAAAGGUGAUGAGUACAUCAUUAAUGGCUCCAAAAUGUGGAUUACUAAUGGUGGAGAAAUAAACAUGGGACAACGUGCAUCAGAUACAUGUGCAAUAACAUUUGAAGAUGUUCGAGUGCCAAAGUCACAAAUGAUUGGUGGUCCUGAGGAAGGUUUUAAGAUUGCUAUGAAGACUUUUGAUGCUACUAGUAUAUCAUUUAUGCUAGCUGAUAUGGCUAUAAAUUUGGAGCUUUCACGGCUUAUGACUUAUGGCAGUGCAUGGCAAGUGGAGGCAGUGCAAAAUUCACCUGCUUCGUAUUAUUCAUCCAUUGCUAAAUGCUUUGCCGCUGAUACUGCUAAUAUUGCUGCAAGCAACGCCGUUCAAAUUUUUGGCGCGAACGGAUUCAACGCGGAAUAUCCAGUGGAGAAGUUAAUGCGUGAUGCAAAAGUAAUACAAAUUUAUGAAGGCACCAAUCAAAUCCAAAAGAUUAUUAUUGCUCGAAAGUUAAGACUAUCCGACACACAGCGUGAAUAUCGUGAUGUUGCAUUGAAAUUUGCGAAAGAAAAAAUAAUACCUGUUGCCGCUCAUUAUGAUAGUACUGGCGAGUUUCCAUGGGAUAUCGUAAAGGAAGCACAUCGAAUAGGCCUCAUGAAUCCACAAAUUCCUAAAAAAUAUGGUGGGUUAGGAUUAUCGUGUUCGGAAACCGCUCUGAUAACUGAGGCAUUAGCUUACGGUUGUUCCGGUAUUCAACUUUGCAUCAUGGGACCAUCCUUAGCUGUCACACCUCUUAAUAUAGCUGGAAAUGAAGAACAAAAAAAAAAGUAUUUAGGAAUGCUUGCUGCCGAACCUAUCAUUGCAGCUUACUGUGUAACGGAACCGAAUGCUGGCUCCGAUGUUUCAGGUAUUAAAAUGAAGGCGGAAAAAAAAGGAGAUUCAUAUGUGUUGAAUGGUACCAAGGCUUGGAUAACUGGUGGUGGACCAGCAAAAUGGUUCUUCGUACUGGCAAGAACUGAUCCGGACCCAAAAGUACAACCGGGAAAAGCUUUCACUGCCUUUAUUGUUGAUGGCGAUACUAAAGGAAUUACCAGAGGGAAAAAGGAGCAAAAUAUGGGACAACGAUGCUCGGAUACACGAUCAAUAAUAUUCGAAGAUGUUAUAGUCCCAAUGGAGAACGUUCUUGGUACACCUGGUACAGGUUUUAAAAUAGCAAUGGGCGCAUUUGACAUGUCUCGUCCUUAUGUUGCAGCUGCAGCUGUUGGACUUGCAUGGCGUGCUCUCGAUGAAGCAUGCAAGUAUGCACUAGAAAGGAAGGCGUUCGGAGCACCAAUUAUUAAUAAUCAAGGAAUAUCAUUCAUAUUAGCAGACAUGGCAGCAAAUCUGGAACUCUCUCGACUAAUUACAUAUCGUGCCGCGGUAACUACCAAUAGUGAAGCAUCCUUUUAUGCUUCGAUAGCUAAAUGCUUUGCUGCCGACACUGCUAAUAUUGCUGCAACCAAUGCCGUACAAAUUUUCGGAGGUAAUGGAUUCAAUAGCGAAUAUCCAGUAGAAAAAUUGAUGCGCGAUGCAAAAAUCUUCCAAAUUUACGAAGGUACAAGUCAAAUACAACGAAUUAUCAUUUCCCGACAUAUUAUAAAAAAAGUUGGAACUACAGGAAGCGCUUCCUGA